CAAAUAGACUUGGUAUUAAAAUCUCGUCGACUGUAUUUUUAACUGAAGUAACUACCACUAAUUUGCUCUAUAAAUAGCGUUGUUCAUCUUUUUUGGACCAAUUUUUCAGGCAACUCAGCUUCUUAUCACCAUUUCUGGCCUUUCCAAAAGAGAGAGCACAACAAAAACUUCCUGACUUUGUGAUCGCUGCUGCUAGAUUUUUUUUGUAGGAUUGAAUUUAUCACAAAAUACCCUAUAAAAAGAGAAAAGAACUAAAUCCCAUCAAGAAUUUAGAGUUCUUCAUUAAUCUUGAUCAUGAAUCCAAUGUUUCCAGUUAAAGAAGAGUAUUUAGGAGGACCCUCUUCAUCAAGUUCAUGGCAACCAAUUGAGAAGCAGCAUGAGACAGCGCCACUACCACCACCACCUCGACCCAUGGAAGGGCUGCACGAAACGGGGCCUCCACCAUUUUUGACCAAGACCUUUGAGAUGGUGGAUAAUUUGGCCAUUGAUCACAUUGUUUCUUGGAGCAGAGGAGGUUGCAGUUUUGUUGUGUGGGAUCCUCAUUCCUUCUCCACCGGUGUUCUUCCAAGAUACUUCAAACACAACAAUUUCUCCAGCUUUAUUAGGCAGCUCAACACAUAUGGCUUUAGAAAGAUUGAUCCCGACAAUUGGGAGUUCGCAAAUGGAGGAUUUAUUCGGGGACAAAAGCAUCUUUUGAAGAACAUACGGAGGAGAAAGGCCACGUCUCAGCCUCUUCCCCUUGAGCAAGCUAUUAGUCCACGUGUCGAAGUGGGAAGGUUUGGAUUGGAUGCGGAAAUUAAUCAGUUGAGGCGUGAUAAACAAGUACUAAUAACGGAAAUUGUGAAGCUAAGGCAACAACAACAGAGUACUAUAUCCUACCUUAAUCAAAUGGAAUUGAAGUUACAGGAGGCAGAGAAGAAACAGAAAAAAAUGAUGAAUUUCUUAGCUAGAGCAACGCAGAAUCCAGAAUUCAUUCAGAAAUUACUCUUGCAAAAGGAGAAGAGAAAAGAACUAGAAGAGGCGAAUUCCAAGAGGAGACCACUGGAUGAUCCAAGGCCUAGUGAGGAGCCAAGCCGAACUAAUGAAGGGCUGAACCUUUUUAAUACCGAACCUUUAAAAUUUGACAUAACUUAUCGCUCCCAAGUGUCUGAACUCGAGGCACUGGCUUUAGAAAUGCAGGGAUUUGGUAAGGUGGGACGAGAACAAGAGGAAGACCAGGACAAAUUCGAGCAAAUUGGGAGUUCAGACAAGGAACUUGACGCGGGAUUCUGGGAAGAGUUGCUGAAUUAAGGGUUAGAUCAGUAAACAUUCCAUUUCAUCUUGGAUGUUUUAUUCUUUAUUGAUCAACUUUUGGUCUCAGUUAUUUGGUCCUAAUUUGAGGCGAACAGGUAGUUUCUUGGCCGAUUUAUCAGAUUGUGAUAGAACUAGAGGUCUAAAGCGCGUUUUAACAGUGUCAAUCUUUGGUAGUUUUUAAUCAGUAGUCGUUCAUUUCAUCGCCACAACAUACUUUGUAAUUUAGUCUAGUACAAUUUAGAUUCAUAAUUGAUGGCUUUUGUGUU